AUGCUCAUCUACUCGGGCACGGAGAACUUCGUCUCCGCCCUGUGCGCCUCCAUCCCCGUCAUCCGCCCCCUCUGGAACAAGGUCAUCCACGGCUACACGACCCGCGACGGCUCCUACCCCGAGCGCAGCUACCAGCUCAGCGAUCAUCCCAAGAACGAAGACCUCUCCGGCAAAAUGAACUCCCGCGGCCCAGGCCCCGAGACACGCAUCUACGCCAGCGCCUUCAACCCCGACAAUGCAAGCGACGAGACCAUUCUCCGCGAGGGCAAGCACAAUGACAGGACGACCGUGGUGGAGGGCAACGACAUCUUCUGCCAGACGGAUAUCUCGGUCAGGUCCACAAACGACAUGCACUCUUCGUCCUCAGACAGGGUCUAA